UUGGUCGAUUGGAAAAAAAAUGGCGCUGUCCGCGUAAUUGUAAAAAACAUCAUGAAGAAAACGUAAAUCAAGUGUUUUACCGGGCGGAUUAGAGUGUGUUUGACGUUUUCAGAUAAAACAACGGUAUGUUACAGUUAUAAUGUCUUCAUCUUUAACAUCCAACGCGGUUAAAUAAGACACGAAGAGUUCUCUACAGUAGCUUUGUGUGAGCUUAGCCAACAAGCCUGCUAGCAUCACAGCUAACGUUGGAACAGAAGAUCUGUCAACUGUUAAAGCUCUCAACAUGCCGGCCUUCCGGCAAGUUGGAGAGAAGCAGCUUCCCAACCCGGUGCUGUGUAUGGCUUGGUCUCCUAAAAGGGAUCUCAUCGCUCUGGCCAACACAACAGGAGAGUUGCUGCUACAUCGCUUGGCUAGUUUCCAGCGUGUUUGGAGCUUACCGCCCAGUGAGUAUACUGGGAAGGAGAUCACGGCACUGGCCUGGAGACCUGAUGGCAAGAUUCUGGCCUUCAGCCUCGGAGACACGAAGCAGGUGGUGCUGUGUGGUGUUGAGAAAGCCGAGAUCCUCCACGUGUUUCCAAUGCAAAGCUCAGUGACCUGCAUGCACUGGAUGGAGGUGACAGAGGAGAGCAGUGCCCUCAGCUCCUUCUACAACUCAGAGGAUGAAUCCAAACUCUUUCUUCCCAAGUUGCCAACACUCCCCAAGAGCUACAGCACAACUUCAAAGAUCUUCAGUGAAGAAAAGUCUGAUGAGAUUUUAAAUCUCAUGGGAGAAGUCAGACUGAACGUACUUGUUCUUGGAGGAGACUCUGGCUUUGUGGAGCUUUAUGCUUACGGGAUGUACAAGAUCGCUACUCUAUCAGGGGUGUCGGGAACCUGUCGCAGCCUGAGUCUGUCCAGCGAUCUCAAGUCUUUGUCCGUCAUCACAGAAUUCCGCUCAGCUGAUAACAACUCACAGAUCUGCUACAUCCAGCUGGACACGAGGUUGUUGUCAGACUGUCUGCCCGAGGUAACCAGGAUGGCACGCAAGUUCACCCACAUCUCUACACUGCUGCAGUACCUGCACCUCUCACUCACAUGCAUGUGUGAAGCCUGGGAGGACAUCCUCAUGCAGAUGGAUCUCCGACUCACUAAGUUUGUUCAGGUCAGUGGUUGUGACAGAAACCAGGCAGUCAGGGUGGAGACCACAUCCUCCAUCGAUACCGUCAACAACUGGAGGCCCCCAGGGCUGUGUUCUGGGUCCCUUUGUAUUAGUGUUGCACGGUACACCGAUCGCUAUACCUCAUUAGAAACGGUGCCAUAUCACAUUUUAUUAGUAACAAUUCUUUAAGAAUGACAGUGUUUUAAUAAGAGACGUAUUUAUGAGUUGCGUCGAUGUGCGACAGCGGGGCGUCGUAUCAAAUACAAUUGCUCUUGUCGAUUAGGGGUGGCUGUGGAUCAGAGGUAGAGCAGUUCUUAUUCCAACAGAAAGAUUGCCGAUUCGAUCCUCGGUUCCACAUGUCGUAGUGUCUAAACUCCAAAUUGCCCCGCCC